GGGCAGAAGCCCCAAAUAAAUUUGCAAGGCUACAUAAGUUAGGCGGGAAAACUGACUCAAUCCCACUAUUUCUGCGCGCCAAAAGCAAAGUAAAUGACGAUGGAAGGGCAACGAACUCAGAUCGAAUUCAAAUCAAAUACGAAGCAUUCAUGAAAUGCAAUCAAAGAUCAGUGCCUUCUUCAAACCCUCCUCCUCCUAUUCUUCUUCUUCUUCACCCAAACCAGCAGCCCCACCUCCGAUUGUUACCGGCGGAAACGACGACGAAUUGACCGUCUGGGAAAAGACGCAGCACCAAUACUGCAACACCUAUAAGCGAAGAGCUCCAAACCCGCAAAGUAGUGGAAGGGACAAAAGUUCAGUUCAAUUGCCGGAGAAACCCAUUUCGGAUGAUAAUUCCAGGAAGCCGGAAUCGACCACAUUGGGAAGAACAGUGAUCAAGAACAAGAAGAGAAGCUAUGCUCAGUUCUAUUUAGACUUUGGUCAGUCUGAUUUCAAUUUGCACACGUGCUCCACGUGCGGGGUCAAGUAUACCGCCGGAGACGAAGGCGAUGAGAAGGCUCACAAGGCAUUUCACAAGGACUAUACCAAUGGAAUUCCAUUCAAGAUUUUGCAGGGAUGGUGCAAUGAGAGGGUUGUUCAUCUGCCUUCUGUUGAAGGAGGUCGGAUUGUUUUGGUGUUAGAUUCUGAUCCUCCGGCGCAGAGAAACAAGGUCGGGGAAGUUGUGAAAAGGAUGGAGACUGAGCUUGGAAAUGGAUGGAUUUUGCACAAGUUGUGUAAGGUAUAUCUGUACAUUUUGUCUCAAAGGGUUGCUGGAUGUCUAGUUGCGGAACCAAUAAAAGAAGCACACAAAGUGCCUUCAUGUGCAGUCGAUGGAAGUUCUGAUGGUACUACUACGCAUGAAGCUAAAUUAUCUACUCUCCAAUUUGGGGAUAUCAGGUUUCAGAGGGAAGUCAGGAAAAAAGCCCAUUUUGCACCCGAAGCAUUGAAUGAGAAUCUCAAUGGCGCUCUAUUCUGCGAAAGGGAAGCAGUGCCUGCUGUCUGCGGCGUUAGAGCUAUUUGGGUCACUCCAUCUAACAGAAGAAAACACAUAGCCACCCAGUUAUUGGAUACCCUGAGGAAAAGUUUCUGCAUGGGAUUUGUCCUCGAACGCUCUCAACUGGCAUUCUCUCAACCAACAUCGGCUGGAAAGGCAUUGGCGUCCAAUUAUAUUGGUGGUGGUGGAUAUUUUCUGGUGUACAAAACCAACCAUAUUGUCCCAUGAAACACAGAUAUCUGUGACUGCGUCCAUGUCUACCAUGAGUUUCAUUUCUUUAAAAACAAUCUUGACAUGUCCGUUUACAACACGAUAUUGUAAACUACUCUUGUUUAUGAGAAGGGGAUUCAAACUCAGGUGCAGACUGGGUUCGUAUCUUAAUUAUAAAAAACAUGUACAUCGGUAAUUCCGUAAUUUGAUAUAAUCAAAUACAAUCAGUGUUGUGCUAGAGCACCAAAUGGAACAAA